AUGAGCGUCUUUCGUAGCGGUCCUCGAUCGGCAUUGGGGCUCGCGGCCAAAUGGAAGUGUACGGUGUCGACUGGGGUACAAAUCGGGCUGCUGCCCCUGAGUAUAUACCAGAAACCAGUACCAAUUUCUGCAAUAAGCCUAGGCGCUGAAAAGAGCUCAGGCACUUUGCAGAAAGUACUUUACAGCACAGCAGCAAGCACAAGAUCCAGCAUGGACAAUCAUCCGCAAGACGAGUUACACGCCCACUCGCUGGCUGACCCGGUCUCUUUCUGGGGCCAACAAGCUGAGCAUCUGUACUGGCACAAGAAACCCUCUGCAAUCCUAAACAAGAGUUCAAAGAAAGUCCUCGAUGGAGACUCUGAGGUGUCGCACCCACACUGGGAGUGGUUCCCAGGCGGUGAGAUUUCGACAUGCUACAACUGUCUAGACCGGCAUGUCGAAAAGGGCAACGGCGAUGCCCCGGCAAUCUUUUACGACAGUCCCGUGACUGCAACGAAACAGCGACUCAGCUAUAAGGAGCUUCUAGAGGAGGUCGCCAUGUUUGCUGCCGUUUUGAGGCAGGAGGGUGUAAGAAAAGGGGAUGUUGUUUUGGUUUAUAGGCCAUUAAUUGACUCCGAUGCAGUGCCCAUGAUACCCGCCGCUCUCAUCGGUAUACUGGCUAUAAAUCGCCUCGGCGCCAUCCACUCCGUCGUGUUUGGUGGCUUUGCAUCUGGAGCUCUAGCCCAACGAAUCGACGCCUCACGUCCCGUUGCCAUCCUGACGGCAUCGUGCGGCAUUGAAGCGGGUAAGGGCCCGUUAGCAUAUCGUAAUCUGGUCAAAGAAGCCGUCGCGAACUGCAAAUGGAAGCCUUCAAAGACCAUUGUGUGGCAGCGCGAGCAGCUGCGAUGGGAGCCGGUGAGGCGAGAGGAUGGUGAGCGCAUAUGGCACAAACUCGUCUCCUCGGCCAAGGCGAGAAAGCUGCCUCCUGUCGAGUGUGUCCCUGUGGGUAGCAGCGAUCCUAUCUACAUCAUAUACACCAGUGGAACAACGGGCUUGCCGAAAGGUGUUGUGAGGGAUUCAGGGGGACACGCCGUCGGUCUGCACUUGUCCAUCAACUCCAAGUUUGGCAUCCAUGGUCCUGGGGAUGUUAUGGCCUGUUUCAGCGACAUCGGUUGGGUGGUCUCACACUCCUACACACUCUAUGGUCCGCUCAUCACUGGCGCCGCUACGGUGCUCUACGAAGGGAAGCCUGUAGGAACCCCUGAUGCUGGAGCGUUUUGGCGCAUCGUCGAAGAGUACAAAGUCAACAGUCUCUUUACGGCGCCGACUGCACUCAGGGCCAUCCGAAAGGCUGACCCCGAUAGUGAGUUUGUCGAAAAGUACGGUCGGCGCGGAGGCUUGAAGAGCCUUCGAGCUCUCUUCCUAGCCGGUGAAAGGUCGGAGCCCGCGAUCGUGGAAGCGUACCAGGAGGUUUUGGACAAACAUGCCGCGCCCGACGCCCACGUCAUAGACAACUGGUGGUCGACCGAGUCCGGCUCGCCCAUCUCGGGAAUUGCACUGGUCCCGCAACAUGGCAAGGACGGCAAGACUUGCGUCAGAACCCAGAAGAUUCGGCCUCUGAGAUCCAAACCCGGCAGCGCGGGCAAGCCGAUGCCUGGGUUUGACGUGAGGGUUGUGAAUGACGAAGGUGAAGAGCUUCCCAGGGGCAAGAUGGGCAACAUUGUCAUGGCCACACCCCUUGCCCCAACCGCGUUCCGGACGCUGUGGAAUGACGAGCCCAGAUUCUUCCGGGGCUACUUUAAGCGCUUCAAUGGACUCUGGGUCGACACGGGCGAUACCGGUGUCAUUGACGAGGAUGGUUACGUGCACAUCAUGAGCAGAUCAGGUAAAACUGUGCUACGCUAUAAUGGAUUCCAGGACACGGCUAACAUGGAUUUUAUAGACGAUAUUAUCAAUGUUGCAGCCCACCGGCUAUCUACUGGCACUUUGGAGGAAGCAAUCACCAGCCACCCCCUGGUGACCGAAGUCUGCGUCGUCGGCAUCCCCGAUUCACUCAAGGGGCAGAUGCCAUUCGCGCUGGUGACGACCACGCCGAGCAACGAGGAUAUGACGGACGAACAACUGCUGUCUGAGAUACAGCAACUCAUCCGCAAGCAGGUCGGCGCCAUCGCGGCGCUCCGUGGUAUCAUCCGCGGCCAGGGCAUGAUCCCCAAGACGAGGUCGGGCAAGACUCUACGCCGCGUCAUCAGGGAGCUGUUUGAGAACGCCAGCAAGGGAGAGCCAGACAAGGAGGUCACCAUACCAUCUACGGUUGAGGAUGCGGCGGUCGUCGAGGUCGCAAGGGCCAAGAUCAAGGAGUACUUUGAGCGGCAGGGCAAGGCCGGUGGAGAUCGUGCUCCUAAGGCCAAGCUGUAA